GACACAGGGCAGCAGAGGGAGCCCUCGCCUGCCCUGCAGACCAGCGCGCCAGGAAGCGCAGAUUCUCUGGUUUUGGAAAACGAAGAAUCGGCAGGACAACUGAAAAUGACCAGGAGGAAGAUAUGCUGGGUCCCCAGCUCUUCCGGCGGUGUCGUGAAUCUCGGCUUCGAUGUGGGUGACAGCAUGGUCUCGGGACUUAGCUACAGAACAUACACCCCUGAAGACGGCCCCGGAAGCCCGCAAAUCCGGGAGCCUGAGCCACCUGGGAGCGCAGCUGCCCCGCCUCCGGGGAAGCGUGACGCCUGGAAGAUGCUGAUGCCCUUCCGCCCCAAGCCCAAGCGUCCUUCCCCCCAGCCCCUGGAUGACGCCGGCCUGUUCUCCUACUUGACGGUGUCGUGGCUCAACCCCCUCAUGACCCAAGGACUCCGGAAACGCUUAGAUGAGAGCACCAUCCCCCCGCUGUCAGCGCAGGACGCCUCCGUCCGAAACGCCAACAGGCUCCGCCGGCUUUGGGAAGAAGAAGUCUCGAGGCGUGGGGUGGAAAAGGCGUCCGUGCUCCGAGUGAUGCUGAGGUUCCAGAGAACAAGGGCCAUUAUAGACGCGCUCCUGGGCGCCUGCUUCGCCAUCCUGAGCGUGCUGGGGCCGGUGCUGAUUAUACCGAAGAUCCUGGAAUAUUCCCAGGAGCGGAAGGGGAGCGUCGUCUACGGCGUGGGGCUGUGCCUCGCCCUGUUUCUCAGCGAGUGCCUCAAGUCCCUGAGCAUGUGCGCGUGCUGGAUCGUCAACCAGCGCUCGGGCAUCCGCUUCCGCGCAGCCGUCUCCUCCCUGGCCUUCGAGAAGCUGCUGCAGUUCAAGUCACUAACGCACAUCUCCACGGGCGAGGCCAUCAGUUUCUUCACCAGCGACACCAACUACCUGUUCGAAGGUGUGUACUACGCCCCCCUCAUCUUCUUGAGCGGCUCGUCGCUGCUGUUCUGCAGCGUCACCUCCUACCUCACGCUCGGACCCACCACGCUGAUCGCCACGUUUUCCUACCUCCUGGUCUUACUGCUGAUGGUGCUCCUGACCCGCGUGAUUGGGAAGGGACAGAAGCACGCCUCUGAGGUCAGCGACCAGCGCAUCCGGGUGACCAGUGAGGUCCUCACCUGCAUUAAGCUGAUUAAAAUGUACACGUGGGAGAAGCCAUUCACAAACAUAAUUAAAGACCUGAGAAGGAAGGAAAGGAAGCUGAUGGAGAAGAGUGGGUUUAUCCAGAGCCUGAGCACGAUCCUGUUGUUUGUGGCCCCCACCGUGUCCACCAUGUUGAUGUUCCUCAUCCAUGUUGGCCUACAGCUGGAGCUCACAGCUUCCACGGCCUUCACGGUCUUGGCCAUCUGGAACACCAUGCGGCUGGCGGUGUUCUUCCUGCCCUUCUCGAUCAAAGGCCUCAUGGAGUCCAAGUCUGCGGCAGAGAGGUUCAAGCGGUUCUUCCUGCAGGAGAGCCCUGUGCUGUACGUCCAGGCGGGGAGGGACCCCGGCAAAGCGUUGGAGCUGGAGAAGGCCACCUUGUCCUGGCGGAGGGCCUGCCCUGGGCUGGUCAACGGGGCCUUGGAGCUGGAGAGCAACGGACACGCUCCCGAGGGGACGCCCGCGGCUCAGCCCGCUCCAGGCACCCUCGGGCCCUCAGCCACGGGGGACGGCCUGGCCCCGGCGCUGCACAAGAUCCACCUGGCGGUGUCAAAGGGGACCCUGCUGGGGGUCUGCGGCAGCACCGGGAGCGGCAAGAGCAGCCUGCUGUCGGCUGUCCUGGGAGAGAUGCACCUGCUGGAGGGCGUGGUGGGCGUGCACGGGAGCCUGGCCUACGUGCCCCAGCAGGCCUGGCUCCUCACGGGCAGCGUCAGGGACAACAUCCUCAUGGGGAGCCAGUGCGACCAGGCGCGGUACCUCCAGGUGCUCCACUGCUGCUCCCUGAACCGCGACCUGGAGAUCCUGCCCUUCGGGGACUUGACGGAGAUCGGGGAGCGGGGCCUCAACCUCUCGGGGGGGCAGAGACAGAGGAUCAGCCUGGCUCGCGCCGUCUACUCGGACCGCGAGAUCUACCUGCUGGACGACCCGCUGUCGGCCGUGGACGCCCGGGUGGGGAAGCACAUCUUUGAGGAGUGCAUCCGGAAGGCGCUGCGGGGCAAGACGGUCGUGCUGGUGACGCACCAGCUGCAGUGUCUGCAGUUCUGCGACCAGGUCGUGCUGCUGGAAGACGGGAAAAUCUGCGAGCGGGGGGCACACAGGGAGCUGAUGCAGAAGGCGGGGCGGUACGCCCACCUCAUCCAGACCUUGCACGGGGAGGCCGCACAGGACACGCUGCAGGCGGCCCAAGAGCCUCAGGUGGGCGGCCCGGCCCCGCGCCCCCUCCCGGAGGAGCCUCUCGGGGACAGCGCAGGGCUGCAGAACCAGCUGACACAGAAGGAGGAGAUGGAGGAAGGGUCCCUGACGUGGCGUGUCUACCACCACUACAUCCAGGCGGCUGGAGGGUACGCGGUCGCCGUGGCGGUUUUCCUGCUCGUGGUGCUGUUCGUCUUCCUCUCCGCCUUCUACUUCUGGUGGCUGAGCUACUGGCUGGAGCAGGGCUCAGGGACCAAUAGCAGCCACGAGAGCAACAGAACCACCUCGGACCCGGGCAGCAUCCUGGACAACCCCCACCUGCCCUUCUACGAGACGGUGCUGGGCCUCAGCGCCCUGGUCCUGACCUGUGUGGGGGUCUGCUCCUCGGUGGCCUUCACCCGGGCCACCAGGAAGGCGUCCACCGCGCUGCACAACGACCUCUUCAGCAAGGUCUCCCUCUGCCCCAUGAGCUUCUUCGACACGACACCCACGGGCCGGCUGCUGAACUGCUUCGCGGGGGACCUGGACCAGCUGGACCAGCUGCUGCCCAUCGUGGCCGAGGAGUUCCUGCUGCUCUUGCUGGUGGUGCUGAUCAACAUGGUCAUCGUCAGCGUGCUGUCGCCCUACAUCCUGCUGAUCGGGGUCAUCCUGUUCGCCGGCUGCCUCCUCUACUACAUGAAGUUCAAGCGGGCCAUGAACGUGUUCAAGAGGCUGGAGAACUACAGCCGCUCCCCGCUGUUCUCCCACAUCCUCACCGCGCUGCGCGGUCUCAGCUCCAUCCACGUCUACGGGAAAACCGAGGACUUCGUCAGCCAGUUUAACAGGCUGAACGACGUGCAGAACAACUACCAGCUGAUGUUUCUGUCCUCCACGCGGUGGGUGUCACUGAGGAUGGAGCUCAUGGCCAACCUGGUGACCUUGGCCGUGGCCUUGUUCGUGGCUCUCGGGGCUUCCUCGGCCUCCCACUCCUACCAAGCCUUGACCAUCAGCCUCAUCCUGCAGCUGGCAUCCAAUUUCCAGGCCACGGCGCGCAUGGGCACGGAGACGGAGGCCUACUUCACCGCGGUGGAGCGGAUGCUGCAGUACAAGAAGCUGUGCGUCCCCGAGGCUCCGCUGCACGUGCAGCCCGUGAGAGGCGUGAGCUGCCCGGCCGGGUGGCCGCAGCGCGGGGAGGUGUGCUUCCAGGACUAUCAGAUGAGAUACCGCGACAACACCCCCAUCGUCCUCAAGGGCAUCAGCCUGACCAUUCGCGGCCAGGAGGUGGUGGGCAUCGUGGGCCGCACCGGCUCCGGGAAGUCCUCCUUGGGGACGGCGCUCUUCCGCCUGGUGGAGCCCACGGCGGGCCGGAUCCUCAUCGACGGCGUGGACAUCAGCGGUGUCAGCCUGGAGGACCUGCGGUCCAAGCUGUCCGUCAUCCCUCAGGACCCCGUCCUGUUCUCGGGGACCAUCAGGUUGAACCUGGACCCCUUUGACCGGCACACGGAUGAGGAGAUCUGGGGCGCCCUGGAGAGGACCUUCCUGAGCAGGACGAUCCUGAACUUUCCGCAGAGGCUGCAGGCGGAGGUGGCGGAGAACGGCGAGAACUUCUCGGUGGGGGAGAGGCAGUUGCUCUGCAUCGCCCGCGCCCUCCUGCGCAACUCCAAGAUCAUCCUCAUUGACGAAGCCACUGCCUCCAUCGACACGGAGACCGACACGCUGAUCCAGCGCACGAUCCGCGAGGCCUUCCGCGGCUGCACGGUGCUCGUCAUCGCCCACCGCAUCACCACCGUCCUGGGCUGCGACCGCAUCCUGGUCAUGGACAACGGGAAGGUUGUGGAGUUUGACAGCCCCGAGGCCCUGCAGCGGGAGCCGGGGUCCAUGUUCGCAGCCCUGCUGAGGACGGCCACGUCGCUGGGCUGAGGGCCACGGACGGGGCCGGGCUCACGCGCCGGGCUCACCAGCGGACGGCCCGUGGCCUGCGGGUGCAGAGGCGGCAGAGAGCUGGGCGGAUGUGGCAGAGGGGCGCAGGGGGUGGGAGGAAUGGGAGACUGGGGAGCGAAGCCUGGAGCGGCCGCUCUGUGGCCCCCAAACCUGAGACCCCGGCGUCCUCGGAGACCACGAGGGCAAAGUCCGCGCCUCUCCCGGGUGGAGUGCCCGCGCCGUGAAGUGGCCUCCUGGCUGUGUGGGAAGGGGGCCAGUGAUGGACCGGUUUUGUAAAAAGGAAUAAAAGUAGA